GCGUUCCGGUGAUUGGACGAAGUAAGCUACGUUUUCCUGCGUCCAGGGAACAGGAGUACGCGGCCCGAGCCCGACGGGCGGCAUUGCGAGAAAUAUGAGGAUUCGCCCGGGAUGCGCGGCUGUACUAGCGCUGCUACUACAAGCCGCUCUUGUGGCGAGCAAGGCCGUGGAUCAGACGCAAUUACAGCAACAAUUACAACGGCAAACUCCAUACGGUACGGAAGCGCAAAAACGAUGGGGAGGCGACGGUGGUGAUUAUGGAGGUGGCGGUGGUGGUUUUGGAGGUGGCGAUAUUGGGGGUGGUCACUUCGGUAGCAGCGGCGGCGGCGGCGGCGACGUCGGUGGUCACUAUGGAGGUGGAUAUGGAGGUGGCUAUGGAGGUGGCGAUGGCGGCGGUCAUUUUGGGGGUGGCGACGGCGGCGGUCAUUUUGGAGGUGGCGAUGGCGGCGGUCAUUUUGGGGGUGGCGACGGCGGCGGUCAUUUCGGAGGUGGCGACGGCGGCGGUCAUUUCGGAGGUGGCGACAUCGGCGGUCAUUUUGGCAGUAGCGGUGGAGAUGGCGGCGGUCAUUUUGGAGGUGACGACGGUGGCGGUCAUUUUGGAGGUGGCGAUACUAGUGGUCAUGGCGGUGACUUUGGCGGCGGUGACUUUGGAGGUGGCGGCGGAGGAGGAAUCGAAGCGCAUCAUGGCGGUCAUGACGAUCACCAUGACAAGGGCUACUGGAAGAAAAAAUUAGUCUGGAAACCAGGCUGGAAGAAGAUCUGGAAACCGGCGAAGAAGCAGAUCUGGAAACCUGCGUGGAAGAAAAUCUGGAAGCCUAUUUGGGUACCAACCCAGAAAGCGGUGUGGAAGGAGAUCCAAGUACCCGCUUGGAAAAAGAUCUGGAAACCCGUGUGGAAAGAGAUUCAAGUGCCUGUGUGGAAAGAAAUACAGGUGCCGGCUUGGAAAAAAAUCUGGAAGCCGAUUUGGGUACCGAUCAAGGUACCCGCUUGGAAGGAGAUUCAAGUACCUGCGUGGAAAAAGAUUUGGAAACCGGUUUGGAAAGAGAUUCAAGUACCAGUGUGGAAAGAGAUUCAAGUACCCGCUUGGAAAAAGCUCUGGGUCCCUGAAUGGGUAAAAAUUGGCAUACCGGGUGAACACUUUCACGGUACGGAUCAUCAUGGAUGGCAAUACACGAGUCAUGAUCUUUGGAAAAAGAAGUUGAUCUGGAAGCCAGUGUGGAAAAAGUAUUGGAAAUCGGCAAAAAAGCAGAUUUGGGUGUCGGACAAAAAGCUCGAGUGGAAAGAGGCCUGGAAGCAAGUAUGGAAACCAGCGAAGAAGCAAAUCUGGGUAGAGGAUAAGAAGCUGGCCUGGAAGGAAGCGUGGAAACAGAUUUGGAAGCCGAGCAAGAAACUCGUCUGGGUUCCCGACAAGAAACUCGAGUGGAAGGAGGCUUGGAAGCAGAUCUGGAAGCCGAGCAAGAAGCUGGAAUGGAUUCCUGACAAGAAGCUCGCUUGGAAGGAAGCUUGGAAGCAGAUUUGGGUGCCUGCUUGGAAAGAAAUCUGGGUACCAGCCUGGAAGAAGAUAUGGAAACCGGUCUGGAUAUCCGAGUGGUUCCCCAACGAAGAUCAUCACCAUCAUCACGACUGGGAUCGCAAGGACACGCAGGCUCAGAACACGCAAGUUGUGCCUUACAGCCCCGAAAAGGGUGUCCAGCAGAAGAAACAAUUGCAACCACAACAGGGACAACGACAACUGGUGCAGCCACAACAAGGACAGCAACAAGUGCAGCCACAACAAAAACAGCAACAAGUGCAGCCACAGCAAGGACCGCAACAAGUACAGCAACGUCAGGCAGACAGUAACAAAGUCGGAUGGGACAGGUCUUUUAAGGCAGGUUUGCCGACUAUCACGCAGGAUUUGGUACCACCGCCAGCUCAUCAAAACGGAGGCCAAGCCAACUUUGCAUUCCCUGGUCGCUGAUAGAGCUAGAUAUCCGUGCAGAAUAAUCGCACUGUAAAACCACAAAAAAAUGCUUGUACAAACGUCUCUAUAGGAGAGUACUGUAACAUAAGCCGCUGUAUAUAUUACGUCUUAGGAUUAAGAUAAGAUCGCGUAAAACUUAAGUUACUCGAAAUUGUUCGACUGACGCGCUUCCUGCCUUUCGAGGUACCACAUUUACCUUGACACGUUGUAACCUGUGUUUUUUUCUUUUCUUGUUUUCUAUUUUUUUUAUAUACUUGUUGUUGUGUCUUCAAUUGUUAACUAAUACUGUUACGAAUAAAAUAUAUAAGUAUUUUGUUAA